GAUUUGUUUGUAAUCAAUUUCUGGUCGUGACAAGAACGUAAGGGGCCGUACUAUUUUCAGCUUCCAUUCCUCAUAUCAAGACAUUAAUAUGUCUACAAUAGAAAGUCCAGUUGAUGAGUAUGGUUUCCACCGACCAGACGACUUUGAUUACAAAACCUACAGCGAAUUUAUGUCAUCUUACAUACGUAUCCUGGCACAUAGAGCUACUCGAUGGGGCAGUGUAUUAAAGGGUUCUUCAAAAGUUAAAAAGUCUAGAAAAAUCAAGAGAUUUGUUAGGAAAGGAGUGCCUUCAAGUCAUAGAGCACAGGUAUGGAUGGAUAUAAGUGGGGCCCGGAAGAGAAUGAAGAAGCUUCCGGGAUACUAUCAAUCACUGUUAGAAUCUGAGUUGGAUGAUAUUGUGAGGAACAGUAUAUUAACAGAUAUUGACAGGACCUUUCCAGAAAAUAUCUACUUUGGUUCCUCAUCUGAUAGCCUUAAACAGAAAUUAAAGAACAUUUUAGUUGCUUAUGCAGUUCACAAUCCUAAGAUUGGCUACUGUCAGGGGUUGAAUUACAUAGCUGGUCUACUUCUGCUCAUAAUCAAGACAGAGGAGCCUGCCUUCUGGUUACUGGAAGCUAUGAUGAUGAAGAGGCUACCAGAUUAUUACGCCAAAGAUAUGAUGGGUCUGCAGGUGGAACAAGAGGUCCUCUCGGAACUUGUCAAAAUUAAGCUACCAACCCUUCACCAUCACAUCGAGUCUAUCGGUCUAUCCUACAGCAUAUUCUCUACUAAGUGGUUUAUCUGCCUUUAUAUUGACGUCCUACCUGUUGAGACGGUUCUUCGGAUAUGGGACAGCCUGUUUUAUGAAGGCUCCAAGAUCUUGUUAAGAGUGGCUAUCACUCUGUUAGCCCUUCACCAAGACAAACUGCUCGCCGCAAAAGACUUUCCUCAGCUCUGCAAUGUCAUGAAGGACAUUACUACUACACCGUCCACAAUGGAUUGCCAUUCAUUUAUGACGAACUGUUUUGAGCUCCCCGGGUCAUUACCAAGGCGUCUGGUGAGCAGAUUGAGAAGAGAAGCACACGAACGACUGAAGCCUGGGGAAGGGCAGAAUGGGAAGUGAUCACGUGAACCUGCGACGAAUUACCGAGGCGGCACGUGGUUUAAUCACGUGUUAAAACCAAGAAAUGAUUGCGUGAGCUUGGAUCAACUGCUAAGAGAUAUUUUUACGAGUGCAUUCCUGAUCACGUUUAGCAAAUUGUCAACUUCGGUACAUGUUGGUGCAUCACGUGAUAAUGGAAAGAGCAAUUGGUGCAUCACGUGACCAUGGUACUCAGUCUCCCGCCCAGCCGUCCUUAGUGUGAAACUGAGCUCCCCCCCCCCCCCCCCUCCCAUCUCCUCCCCAAAUGAUAGAGACUCACUCACCCUAAGGGCGGCUAUGCAGGAGACUGGGACUUACCUGUCCCAUAAUACAGGCAUUAUUAUGCACCCCGAACAUUUCAAUAUUACGAGCUACAUUCUACUCAAUUUUACUAUUUUAUUCAUUGAUUUUAUCCAUGCUAUGAUUUUAUUCCAAUCGCUUAUGUAAAUAUUUUGAAGGGUUGAUCUUAGGUAAUUAAUAAUCGAGCUUUUUACUGUAUGAUAAAGAGACAUGGUUGUUAAAAGUCACACACAAGACGGAGUAUUAUCAUCGAUAAACUGAUCUGUUUCGAUGUAUAAAUUUUGUAAACAAUGAGGCCAGCGUAUAAGUACUGACAUGCGACACCAUGUUUUCAUGGGCCCCCAUGAUUCCGAGUUGGGUGUGGCUCAUCACAGCACAGCCGCAUGAAAGAAAUGCCUAAUAUAGAAUGCCCUGCAGUAAGUGUUUUGCAGUCAAGUUUCUUUUCUAUUAGUAGGUAAAAACAAUAAUUAUAAUCAUAGCUAUGGUCACACUGUACAUAAAACUUUAAAUGAAAAGAAAAAAAAUUUAUAUUUGCAGUCAAACUACGGAAUCGCAAGAUAACCUGGAAUAUAUUGAAUAAAAGACUGCAAAACCAA